GUCUCGUGCCCGUCGUGCCCUGCCGCUCGCCUUGAAGUUUCCUGUUGCCUUUCACCAUCGAGACGCGAGAAAAUGGAAGCCGAUGCAGCGCGUGCACGUGUCGAGGCAGCUUUGCAGUCAGCGAAGCCCACAGUAGAGGCCCUGCACCAGCUGCAGACCAGCACGAGAGAUAGCCUUACCGCACUCCUGAAGCGCUUGCAGACGGCCAAGGCCAGGGAGCGUGACAAGACUGGCCACGAGCAGGGCUCGCAGACAGAGGUAAGCAAACUGCAUGCAUCAGCUUACCUUGUGUCCAUUGCAAAGCUGCGAUUGUUCACCAUGCAUCUCUCUGCAGGCGGGCACCAGACUGAGUGAGACAUCUGGCGCCCCUGCUGCCGAGCACCGGGACGCCGGGACGUCGCCCCUACCGUCGUCGCGCGACACACAACUCGAGCAUGCAUUGCAGGAGCAGACACAGGUGCGCCCAGUGCUUUUCCUCUGGCAAUGGAAAUGAAUGUGUUGUGCCUGUCGUCCAUGCAGCUACGUGGCCGCAUUGCGCGAUUGGAGGCUGCCCUGGCCGCUCACAAGAGGGCAGCUGGCGAGGCUGACGGCGACCUUGCGCAGGUCAGGGCCCGCGAAGCCCAGCUACAGUCCUUCUGCAGCAGUCUGGGCCACGCAUAUGAGUCCAAGGCUAGCGAAUGCCGUGCGCUUCGAGACAUCUUGAUUGCACAGCAGGACCAGCUCAAGCAAAUCAAGACGGAGGAGAAAACGGCGAGGCGAAGCCACAAGGCCUCACAGACAGAACCGACAGAAUCGGCAAGCGAGAUGGAGACAGUGAGAGAGGGCAUCGAGUGUCUGACAGAAGAUAUAAAGAGCCGCAUUGCGGCAGAUAUGAGCAGGCUGGUGAAGGGUGCGCAGAGCAGCAAAACAGCCGCUGGAGAGGGCAGGGCAAGUGGUGGUGGUGAUGGUGGGGUGUCUGUGGUUGGGUUGGUUGAGCGAUUGGGUGAGUUGGUGAUAGCGAUGGAUGAUGACAGGGUGAUGCGCCUUGCUUCACUGACAGCACGGUCUUCAUGA